CUCUAUGGUGACCAGAACCAGGUAGCAUAUUGAGCAGCAGUUAGAGAGAGAGAGAAUGGGGACGAGGACCAAUUUCUACAAGAAUCCUUCAUUCGCUUACAACAGAGACUUCAAUCUCUCCUCUGCUCUUCGAAACCUCAAAGCUUACAACAUCGUGACUGGAAGCGCCUCCUUGACUGAUGGAGAACCUUCGAAUGAUGUGAAAGUCGAACGCCGUAAGCGUCGCCGAGACUCUGAAGCGCCGUGUGGCGGGAGCCGCGGCGCGAUGGAGGACGAUCGCCCCAUGUCUCACGAGGAAUACGUAGAAAAGACGAGGAGAGAAACGAGUGCAGCUCAGGUUUAUCAGGAAUUGACUCCUGAUGUUCUGGGGGCUUCGAGUUCGGGUUUGAACUUAGUUGACUAUGGAAGCGAUGGAAGCACUUCUGAAAAGGAUGAAGAGAAAGAGACUGAAGUUUGUGGCAAUAUUGUUGAAGGAGACCAAACCAACAAGGAAAGCAAUCUAGUUAAGAUUAGAAGUGAGCAAAGAUUUCCCCUGCCUGGAGAACCGGUUUGCCUGGUGUGUGGAAAAUAUGGAGAAUAUAUUUGCGAUGAGACGGAUGAUGAUAUCUGCAGCUUGGAGUGCAAAGCAGUGCUUUUACGAACUCUUAAAUUUAAAGAGGAUCCCUUGAGCAACCAAAAUCCAUUCACAGCUUCAGCUGAGUUUGUUCCUGGGUCAUCUGUUUCUGAAGAAGAAAAUGAUGUUUGGGAUUAUGGUCGUCACCGGUGGUCCAAUAGGAAGUCCAGUCUCUCCACUUAUCUCUGUGCUACCUGUCAGAGGCCUGGGCACCUUGCUGAAGAUUGCUUGGUUGCAGCUAGACAAAACAAAUCAACUUCCAUAUCCAAAGAUCUUCUGGGACUUUAUAGAAGAUGCGAGCAGAUAGGGAAAAGUUCAUCCGCAGCAAGGUGCAAUGAAUGUCAAUCCCCGUUUAGUUUGGCGACUUGCAUUGAUUGUAGUAGAGUAAUAUGUGAUGGUGCAGGUCAUUUGGAUGAGCACAUUAAAACGAAUUCCUCUCACCGACGAUAUUAUUCUCACAAGCUCAAGCGCUUGGUGAAAUGCAGUAAAGCAACAUGCAAAGUGACAGAUAUAUCUGAUCUUUUGGCUUGUCAUUACUGUUUUGACAAAGCCUUUGACAAGUUCUAUGACAUGUGUACUGCAAGUUGGAAAGGAGCAGGACUUGCAAUAAUAAGAGGGUCUAUCAGCUGUGAAGAUCAUUUUUCAUGGACCUGUCAACAAAACCAGGCACAGAAUGAAUUGUCUGAAUGCUGGUGCAGAGGAUAGUGCAUAUAUCGUCAGUAGGCAUCCUCAAAGGGGAAAGCAUGUUCAGAUCAGCGAAUUCAUAUUCUGAUCCUUGGUGGGGGAGAAACCGGGGUAUUAUUUGAUUGCUCGGUCCUUGUACAGCUAUUUAUGGAGAGAGAGAGCUGACUGUAGGACUUCAAGAUCCUGGGUUUUCCAAGUCCAGAAGCAGCCCCGUCGAUGGAAGAAUGAUCUGGCUCGUUGAUGAGCUUGAAUUGUAAUUCCCAACUUGU